AUGCCUGCUCUCAACGACUUUCCGAGAAGAUUCCACGACGAUGAAAAUUCAGAUGUCGAGAGUCAGGCAUCAAGCAUCGUCGCUCUUGAAGAACAGCCCACCCCAAAGUGGUAUAGUCGUAAAGCGUCAAGGUCAUGCAAGCCUCUCACAAGAGCACGCGAGUGGAAACAGAGUUCUUUAAACCCGACAGAUCCCGAAAGAAGAACGAGAAGAAAGUCAUUGUUCAGGAAACUGUUGAUCGUCUUCGUGGUGCUAGCUUGCUUUAGCGUCAUUGCAGCGAUAACAUACAUCUCCCUCGUCGGUGCACUCAUACGUCGGCUCAACCCUCCCCGAGUCUCAAGCGGACUUCAGCACAUUGUUGAUAACUGGAAAGAACCUGACGCGAACGGUGCAUACCAGUUCGAAUGGAGGGAUGACUUCAGCCGCGACAUCACCCCUAAGAACUGCCAUUCACAUAACGAUUACUGGCGCUCUGUCCCAACGUAUCAGGCUCUGGCUGCUGGAUGCGUGAGCAUCGAGGCGGACAUAUGGCUGAGUGGCGACAAUGAGCUUCUCGUCAGUCACGCAUGGAGGUCUACUAAGAAGGAACGCACUCUCCAAAGUCUCUACCUCGACCCUAUUACAAACAUCUUCACAAACCGCAACGUUUCCACGACCUCCAUAAAGGAUAAAGAAGUCGGAGUCUUUGACACAGAUCCAAAUGCUUCCAUCAUCCUCCUUAUCGAUUUCAAAAGCGAUGGCGCCAAAACAUGGCCGGUUUUGAUAUCCCAGCUGGAGCCUCUUCAUAAAAAGGGCUGGCUCACUUACUUUAAUGGCGCUGAGGUUGUCCAAGGCCCCCUCACCAUUGUCGGCACUGGAAACACUCCAUUUGACCUCGUUUUAGCAAACACGAAUCGCUACAUAUUCUUCGACGCCGCCUUGGAUGAUGUAUCAAACGAAAAAUACACAAAGGAGAACUCGUACUACGCGAGCGUGCAAUUGAAUAAGGCCAUCGGUCACAUCUGGCUCAACAGACUUACGUCAAGUCAGGUCAACACGCUCAAGAAGCAAAUCAAAGCUGCGGCAGACAAGGGACUCAAGUCACGAUACUGGGAUACUCCUUCAUGGCCGAUUUCACUGCGUGACAAGGUGUGGUUCACGCUUACUGAGAAUGAUGUCGGCAUGUUGAACGUGGAUGAUCUCACUAGUGCUACGAGGUGGAAUUGGAACUGGUGCGUCAUCGCUGGAUUAACACUGUGCGGGAAGAGUUGA